CUCAUGGGCGUCUGUCAAGCCAGAGAAGCAGGAAACAUCAGUCUUUCCUGGCCAAAGAAAGUUCCAAUGAAUGUGUCACGGGACCUCACAGCUGCAAGCUCCGUCGCAGAGACGGGCUACACCAGCACACUUCCGACGAUGACACCUGUGUUCUGGAGGAACGAGUUUACCAUGUCUACAUGUCCUGUCACAGCAACCACAUGACAACGUCAUCUUUACCAGAAAGCCGAUAAGGAAUGUUUAUUAAGAAGGACCCUUGUACGAUUCAUUCACUCCUCCACAUGAAACUGUAGAGAUGGGGAGCACUGGAGCCCCUGACGGAGCCCCCAAAACUCACCGCAACCUACUUAGAGCCAGACUGUAAUGAAUGGACCCAUUCUGCCGCAGAAGGUGACAGUACAGUUGUACUAAACGCCCGCCUUCUUAAAAUUUCAACCAAUUAAGCCCACUUUCUAACCAAUCAGAGAAGAGGCCGCCUGCACAGUGGGCUGGGCGCGAGAAUCGGCGGGAUGGACAAAAAUGAUAACGCCAGACAGGAGCAGGGACAAGUUAAUAGAGAAGAACCUCGGUGACGAUUGAGUGGGGAGCUGCACUGUUUAUGCUAAUACCGACGGUCUAUGCUGGGGAAUUUCUUCAUGAGGAAUAAGUGCGAAAGCAGAGCAGAGUGACGCUUUUGCGUGAAAGGAUGUUGCCGCCAACGACGAGGGCUUUUACCAGCAGACUCUAAUGUCAUGGGCAGUAAUUAAUUCAGCUAGCCGACUAGCCACGCAAUGCUAGCUAGAACCUGAAGGAGGAAACUAGUAAUGACUGACACCGCUUUCUAUGGAUACACCGGUUCGUAUUUGAAGCGUUUCAAUCUUCCUGCCGACUGUCAUGGACAACGUGAAAUCACGCAGUAAUGAUGAGGAUGAAGAGUUGCACUCUACAGACCCAGAGAGUAAAGAGAAGAGCAAAGAUAAAAAGACACUGUGCAAAGUAAAGUGGUCCCGAGAUGAGGAUGAAAAGCUGAAAAGACUUGUCGAGCAACAUGGAACUGACUCCUGGAAAUUAAUAGCAAAUUUUUUUCCUGGGAGGACAGAUGGCCAGUGUCAGCAUCGCUGGCAGAAGGUGCUCAACCCAGAGCUGGUGAAAGGACCUUGGACAAAAGAGGAGGAUCAAAAGGUUAUUGACCUGGUUCACAAGUAUGGUCCCAAGCGCUGGUCAGUGAUUGCAAAGCACCUUCAAGGAAGAAUUGGGAAGCAGUGCCGCGAACGAUGGCACAACCACCUCAACCCGGAGGUGAAGAAAUCUUCGUGGACUCAGGAAGAGGAUCGAAUCAUCUAUGAGGCCCACAAAAGGCUUGGCAACCGCUGGGCGGAGAUCUCCAAACUUCUACCUGGACGAACAGACAACUCCAUCAAAAACCACUGGAACUCAACCAUGAGGAGGAAGGUGGAGCACGAGGGCUACCUGCAAGAUGGCGGCAAGGCUUUCAGUUCUUCUCAUAGUGGAGGGAAGAGACGCAACCACAGACCGUCUCCUCCAACUCCAACAGAGACUCAGCACUGCGACCACAGUCCUCAGUCAUCAGGACCCAACCAGCUGGUGGGAUAUUCAUACGAUCCUCACAAUGGUCACUUGAUGGAGAAUCUUUCUGACAAUUCAGGAUUUAUAUCGCCAUCCUCGCUGGAUGAUCCUGACAAAGAGCAAAGAAUUAAGGAGCUUGAGCUGCUGCUUAUGUCAGCAGAGAGUGAAGUCCAGCGACAAGUGCUGUGCAGAGGUCCAUGUAGUUUGGAGCCGUACUCAACCUGGUCAGACUCUGGGUCAGAUGAGACACUGCCUACAAGUAGAAUGGAAGGGCAAGCAGAGAGACGAACCUGGAGGUCUGCUGAAAUCACCCAUGGACCUCCAGCACAACCUUCUGUCUCCCCUAGCAAGUUUCUGGCUGUAGAAGCCAGCACAGUGCUCUCCACCCUGCAGACGAUACCAGAGUUUGCAGAGACCAUGGAGCUUAUUGACUCGAUGUGUUUUGCUCUGCAGGACCCAGUUGCGUGGAGCGAUGUGGCCAGUUUUGACUUGUCAGAGACGGCUACACCACCGAGGCACAAUCAAGCAGGAUACAGCACCCUCCUGCAAGAGCGGACCGAGGGUUCAAUGGGAUUUACAGUCGACACUCCGACUACCGUCACAGAACACGACAAGAACUGUGCUCUGUUUGGUGUGGGCAAUGUGACUCUGGUGACUCCCAUAAACUCUGCAAAAUCAAACCAGGUGUUUACUGGGAAGAGAAGACGACGACCACGGGGAGAACCGUCUCCUUUGUGCGACAGAAACGGUUUCUCCUUUCUGGAAAAUGUCUCUAAUUCUCCCAAGAAAACACCCACAAAGUCUGUGCCGUUCACCCCGUCACGAUUGUGCAACCUAUCAGGGACCGAACAUCUGAAUCUGGAGAACCCUGCCCUGACAUCAACUCCUGUGUGUGGUCAAAGGUGCCUCCUAAACACUCCACUCCCCAAGGAAACCACGCCGAAGCACGAGAAAGAGAAUGACGGUUCCAGGACCCCUAAAUUUCGUAAAACUAUAAUGAUACCAACGCCAAGAACACCAACACCCUUCAAAAAUGCUUUGGCUGCCCAGGAGAAAAUGCAUGGGCCCUUGAAGAUGGAGCCACAGCCUUUGGCAUUUCUGGAAGAAGACAUUAGGGAAGUUCUGAAACUGGAGACUGGAGCAGACAUCUUCAACAGAGCUGACACUGAGCAUGACUGCAGAAUAUGGAAACAUGAUAUGGAUGGCCCAGCUAGAAAAGUCCGCAAGUCCCUUGUGCUGGACCCCUGGGACAAAGACUCCCUCAACGUCCAACUUUUCCAAGACCAGCUGAACAAUUUACAAGUCCCAGAAAGUCUACUCACAGGCUCCUCGCUGAUUUCCCCCUCUAAGCAAGAGAACCAUAGCGGCCCUUUGCUUUCUGACAGAGAUAACCCCCCUUUAGUCCCUGUUCAUCCACGUGGCUUUACUGGCCUCCAGGUGAAGAAGCUUCCAGCGAUCCAAAAAGCACAGAAACAUGCCCCAGUACAGGUGAGUGAGUGGGAAACAGUGGUUUAUGGGAAGACAGAGGACCAGUUGAUCAUGACAGAACAAGCUCGUCAGUACCUGAACCCCUACCCGUCCUCCUGCUCUACCUCAAGGGCCCUCGUGCUUUAAGGUCGUCCUCUCUCUCCACAAGCGUCCAACACGUGAAACCUCUACUGAAUCCCGUAAGAGACAAUCCAGUAAAAACAAAAGAUUCGAUUUCCUUUUGAAUCAGUGAAACACUGCCAAGGACAUCUAAAAACCAGCAACACUUAUAUAUAAUAUAAUCACUGCCAUUUUUCAGAAGUGUUCUCCGCCCUGCAUUUCCUUUAAUACAGACACAAACCGAGCUGCAUGAACAGCUUUGUACAAAUAUGAAAAGGCAGUUUUUGUUCCUGCACUAGCCAGUAAUGUUGCAACCACCUGCACAUACAAUAGGCUGUAGAAAUAGUGUUCAUUACUAGAAGUGGCUGCUUCAAAAUUAAUAUUGUUAAUAUAUUGUUUAAAUGGCAACAUAUACAUUUUAGGAUGUAACACUACUUAUUUUUGUAUCUUUUUCAGCUUGUACCUAAACUACGCUGUUGCUGUUUCCUCUAAAAGGGAACACUGAGCUUUUUAUUGAUAGACACAAGCAGCGUAAAAAGAACUUUAACCGUUGUUACAGUUUGCGUUUAUUUUUGUCUUGUAACAGCAGUGUCAUAUUGCUGAAUGAUGUGAAUAUGGGAUGAUGCGUGCCGUCAGUAUUGCACUACUGAGCUGAACUGGCUGCUGCGAGCGGAGCAGGGUUUUUAAGGGCAAACUGGAUAGCACUUGUGAUGCUGAUGCAUGAUCUAUUAUAACAACCCAACUCUCCCUUGUUAAGGCCAUAAUGUCCACCAAGACUGUGGUUGAAUGUAUUUCAUUGCAAUGUACACGUGUAAGAACCUCAAUGAUGGAAGGGUACCUUUUUUUAUUUCUGUUUAUUUAUUAUCUGACAGUUCUGAAGCUUAGAUAUUAAUAUAAUCGGACACUAAGUUUGUUCUUUUAAGUAAGUUUAACUUCGAAUCAGCCUAAAAACCCUCACUUGCUCGAAAGCAGUUGUCUCUAAUAGGAAAUGAAUCAUAACCAUCGCUCUGGUCAGACGUCAGUAACCGUCCUGGCCGGUUUUCAUAUCAUCAGUGUUCAAGAAGCAUUUGGUCAAAAAGGAUUUUCUUAUGUGAAGGUUGUAGCUUUUAUUUAUUUAAUGAUUACUAAUUUAUUUAUUUCUAAAAGAAAUACAUUUAAAAGAAAUUAUUGAAGAAUUUUAUCUUUUUUUUUUCUCUAUCAGGAUUGGGCUACCAUUCAGUUUCAUUACUCCAAGUUAGGAAAAAGAUGGACAGAUACAAAUUUAAUGUUAACUUCUUUUCCUGAUCAGACAACGUAGUAAAUAAUCGCUUUGUAGUUGUAUAUUUGAUCUUGUAACAUAUAAAUAGGAGUUUUUAUUGCUUUUUUUUAUUUUAAUGUGUACUUCAUAAUUAAGUAGUUAGUCUUCAUGCCCAACCUCUAAUCAUAGACAAAUUGCACUUUUUACCCAUCAUUUAUUUCUACUCUUUCAUUUGUUCGUGAUCAUGUAGCUCAUUCUUUUUUUUUGUGAGCAUGUGUUUUUGUUUGCAUGUUUGUGUUUUAUCUCUUAUUGAAAUGAAUGCUGACAUUAAGAUCAUGCUGCUUGAUUUUUCUGCUGCUGCAGAUUUGCAUGCACUAUACAGCUCCCAGCAGUAGAUGGUGACUGGUGUAUCUUCCUUUUAUCCUGUUAAAAUGGCCUUUAACAAGACUCUGCAUCUGUACACACUCUAAUUUACAGACUGCAUAUGAUCAAAAUGCUUACACUUUGUUGUAAAUAUGCAUAAAUCCAAACAUGCUUCCGUCUUAUCAGGAGGACUCAUGUUUACUUUUUAAACAAACUCUGAAGCAAACUUUGCAAUCUGGUGAAGUAACACUACAUCUUUGUAUUGUUGGCAUUAUCUGAUCUAGUUAUAAUCUGGAUUAUCCUGCAUUAAGCAUUUGAGUGAGAAUAAGAAGGGAAUCUUGUCAGGGAGCUUAAGAUGAAAGAUCAGGAGUAAAACCUCCAAGGCCAAACUUAGAUCCAGAAAACCAUUUGAAUCUGUUGGCCGGCGUGUGUCUCACCUGUAAAUAUUUGUUCUAUGUUCUGUCCAUUGGUUUGACCCGUAUCUGUACAUUCUGUUUAAGAUUAAGGUAAUAGUGUAUCUUAACACUUGGCCAUGUAACAUCAUAGCUAUUUAAGUGCAUAGACGGGAUAAUAGCAGCUGCCAUGUGCUACUGUAGUUAUGCAUGAGUAAUACACAGAAUACUGGAAUAUGCUUUCAUUUACAGCAUUUCAGUUGACUUUAUAACCACAAAUACCCAUAGAAAUCCUGCCAACUGUCUUUGUAACUAUGUACUUAAUUAGAAAAAAAUAAAUGCGUUUGUUGCAUCAUGA